UGUUUAAUGCACGAGUUCUCCUGUACGCGUGGGAGGUGUGUGUCGAGGCAUUUUUUAUGCGAUAAGAUAUUUGACUGUCCUUACGGCGAUGAUGAAAGUCCCCAAGUUUGCGGAAAAUGUCGGUUUAAUGAAUAUCGUUGCAAAGGCGAACGUAAAAAAUGCAUAUCAAAUUAUUUUGUAUGUGACUCAAAGGCAGAUUGUCCUGUAGGCGAUGAUGAAGAUUCCUGU